ACAAGACCUCGGGAAGGGAGCCCGGCACGGCCGCAAGGGAUUAUGGUAGGCGUGGAUGCCCAGUGGGGAGAGUGCGUUUCACCUGCCAAGGGCGGGAGAUGUUGGAGACCGCCUCUUGCAUAAACCCGGCAAGGACCAGUGAACGGCCAAUCACCGAGCCAGCCCCCUGGAGGGUCUGUAAAGCGGCGAAUCAGAUAGCAGAGGCUUCAGCCUUCACGGGCGCGCGGUAAUUUGAAUACAGUGGAGAAGACCCUGGCUCCACCAGAGAGGUAGCAGGCGCUGAGGUUCAGGAGUUCAGUUAAGAAGAUGUCAGCUUUUACUCCAAGAAAAAAGAAGCAGCGUUCUUUGAGCUGUGACAACCUAUUAUCAGACAUCCCAUCAAAGAAAUUAAUUUUGGACUUUGCUGAAAAUAUAUUUUCAUCACUUGGUCAAAAAUACAUUUCCCAAAGCAGUGAUAACAAUGAAGAAAAGGUACAUUGCUCUCAGCAAGGCCAUUUCAUUUCAAGUUCAAUCAAAACAACUGAAAAAACCAGAUUGGCAUCUGCAAAUCAAGGUUCACCAUUUAAAUCUGCUGUGUCUGCUGUAUCCUUUUACAACAAAGAUAAGUGGUACCUGAAUCCAUUAGAGAGAAAGCUGAUAAAAGAGAGUAGAUCCGUUUGUCUAAAAACUAAUAAUGAAGAUAAAUCUUUUCCCAUUAUGACAGUCUGCUCCAAGAAGACAAACAAAAAACCACAAAAGAGUUUGACUUCUAAACAUCAACCAAAAUCUAAACGCAUCAAGCCUGUAUCAAAGAAUUCCAAAAAUUCCAAGCAAAAUUGCGUGGUCUAUAAGCCAAUUGUGGAGAAAGAGAAUAGUUACGACUCAGCUCAAAAUAAUUUGAAUGCUCCUCGGGUUCUAAGCCAAAAAGUCAAACCACAAGUUACCCUCCAGGGUGGAGCAGCAUUUUUUGUUAGAAAAAAAUCCUGUCUUAGAAAAUUGUCUUCAGAAAACAAGCCAUUCCUGGAACUCACACAAAAGAAUACAUCAGAAGUGAUUGAAAACUCUGAUGUAGAGACUGUCCAGAAAAGAAAAAGUUUUGAGACAAGGCAAGCGCCAAAGUGCUUGUUACUGGAAAAAGAACCGAAUGUUGAGCUGCUUUGUGCAAGAGGUAAAAAUGAAGAGAAAUUAAUAAAGGAUUCAUCAGGUGGAGUAGUUUCUUCAAGAGAAUGUAAACCUAAUGAAAAUAAGUGUUUUCCUUCAGAGGAUUUUCUCAGUGAAAACAGUGCAGUUUCUCCUGAUUCUGUUGUCUACCCAAUCUUCAGUGUGUCUUCAGUCAAUACAAAAAGAUCUUUAAUUGAAGAACAGUCCUCUGUGGGAUCCAUCAUAUCUGCUAACAUCUUGAAACAGAUCAAUACACAGAAAAGUACUAAUACUAGAGAUACAAAUAAAGAAACAAAAGACCAGCUCAUCAUUGACGCAGGUCAGAAACAUUUUGGAGCCACCAUGUGUAAGUCCUGUGGCAUGAUCUACACUGCGUCCAGCCCUGAGGAUCAAAUGCAGCACGUCCAGCAUCACCACCGAUUUCUGGAGGGGAUCAGAUAUACAGGCUGGAAAAAGGAACGUAUAGUAGCACAGUUUUGGGAUGGGAAAAUUUUGUUGGUCCUGCCACAUGAUCCCAGUUAUGCUAUCAGAAAGGUAGAAGAUGUCCAAGAACUUGUCGAUAAUGAAUUGGGCUUCCACCAAGUUGUUCCCAGAUGUCCGAACAAAACCAAGACUCUUCUCUUCAUAUCUGAUGAAAAGAGAGUAGUUGGGUGUUUAAUUGCAGAGCCCAUCAAACAGGCCUUCCGCGUCCUGUCGGAACCGACGGGUCCCGAAUCCCCAAGCUCUAAAGAAGGUCAUCGGGCUUGGCAAUGUUCAGAUGUCCCAGAGCCAGCAGUCUGUGGAAUAAGUAGAAUCUGGGUCUUCAGACUGAAACGAAGAAAGCGCAUUGCAAGACGACUGGUAGAUACUCUCAGGAAUUGCUUCAUGUUUGGCUGUUUUCUCAGGACUGAUGAAAUCGCAUUUUCUGACCCAACACCAGAUGGCAAGUUAUUUGCAACCAAAUACUGCAACACCCCUAAUUUCCUUGUAUAUAAUUUUAAUAGUUAAAGCCAAUCUCUACUAUAGAACAGUUCUACUAAGACACACACAUAUAUACAUAUAAACCUGUAUUUUAUUUCUUAUGAAUUGAAAAGUGAGGGAUAAAUAUGUUGAAAAGUAUCUGGGGACUCAAAAAAAGGAAAAGUCUUGGAUAAUAUAUACUGACCAGCACUGGAAUCCUUAAUUAUGAAACUUUAAAGCUGUAACUGGAAAAUGCCAUGCCUCCUUCAUAAAAACAUUGAUGAAGCAAGGCGGCUUCCACAGAAACGGGACCCCCUCUCUCUGAGGAGCACCCUGGGGCACAGGGAUUCCCUCGUGCCCAGUCGGAAACAAAUAACAUUUAAAGACCGGCAAAUAAUUCUCAUGCCCAAUCCGUGCGUUUCUGUGCACAGAACUUUUACUUUUAUAGGUAUUGGCUUUAGCAACUGAGUUUGAAAAAGUGUUUUGAAUUUUUAAUUUUUAAUAUGGCUUUGCCAUCUUUAUGGCAAAGAAUAAGAUUUCCAUAUCCUUUGAUAGAGAACAGAAUUCUGUAGCUUAAUGUUAAUCUUUCUGAAAAUCAUAACAAGACAUACCUGUCAUCAGAUUCAAUUAACCAUAAUUGCACUAUUGUCAUUUCAUUAAUUUCGGUGUGAAUGUGCUAAUUGUACUGAUCCUUUGUACACUUUUACUGGGCAUCAAUGUCAUUAACAAAACAGACACCCAUUUCAUUUAGCUGAUUCAUAUGGUUACAUUUUUAAUAUUUUUGCAUGUUUAAAAUACAUCUUGUUCUGAGACAUCUGGAAAACCAAAUGAAUAGUAAUAUUCAUUACACAGUAAUGUAACUGAAGUUAGUAAAUAAAUCUGUCCAGGCCAGAGAACUCAUGAUGACAUAUGUAAAUACACCUCCGUACGCACACAUUUUCUAUAAUUCUUGGAUACUUUCCUUGAGGAGCAAAGAAUUAUUCCUAUUGUUUUGAUUCUAAAUGUCAUUUACCUGCUGUCUGGUGGUAAGGCCCUCGGGAGGUAGUUUUUCAGGUUGUAACUCUCUAGAAUCUGUUCACUUGCAUCCUUUUAUUUGCCUCUAAGCUAACAUGUUUCCAAAAUUGUAAAGCCUGGAUUCCAGAAGGAAUGUGGAAGUGUUAAGAUGUGUGUAAUUUUGCAAACAUUUUAAUGCUGUUUUCUGCACUGCUGUUUUUGUUUUAAAUAUUUUAUUUAAAAAUGUUUAUUAACAUUAUUUUGCUUGCUCAGUGCUUUUGUGAUGAAUCAAUUAAAAUUCUUCUCAAUGUU